AUGUCUGCUGCGGGGGGCAUAUGGGCUCCAGUAGCCCUACGCCUCCUCCGCAUGGGCAUCACCAAAACCACAAAGGUGAUACGAACCAAAUUCGCCAAUGCUACCCGUCCCGCUGUCCAGGGCGAGUUUGUACACAUUCCCAUCCGCACGACUGGUCGCCAGCCCAUCCACCCGUCUGCUCUUCUCAGACAGAAGCGAGCGGGACGCUGGUACUCGACUCAGAGCGUUCACAGCACCGUCCGCCGAUGGAUCUCCACAAGCGGCUCCAGCACCUCCGGUAACGCCGGCGGUAGCGCGCGCUUCAGCCGAGCAUCGCCAAUCAACUGGCCGCGCCCCUUCGCGAGUACUCUCCGACCGAACCUCACCGGCGGUGCCAUCGCUCGCACCCAGGGCGGCUACACUCUCGGCGGCGGCGGUGGGGCCCGUUACUUCUCUCACACUCCCGCCGCGCCGGCGCAAGUGAUCCAGAACGUCUCGGUUGCGAUGCGCGCUUUCUGUCUCUCGGGCCAGAAGGUGAGAUAUGACGGUCUCAACGGCCGUGGUGACAAACGCUACCGUGCCGUCUCGGAGCUCGAGCAGGCCGCACACGUCAAAAUGAUGGGCGCCUCCACCCGCGGAACCCCCGGCUCCUUUGUCGACUUCCACAUCAGCCCCACCGUUACGGCUCUCAGCCCCUUGGCUGCUGCGGCCGCCGCGGGCUUCACCUCCGCCAAUGUCGAGGCCCCCGCGACCACCCUCAACGAGGACGGCUUCCUCGACGUCCUGUCCAUUGACUUUGCUCGCGCACUCAAGGACCUUGCUGUUGUUUUCGCCGAUUUGAAAAGGCUCGCUGUUUUGGGCGAUUUGCCCAUCACUAUGGAGAAGGGAAGUGUGCUACGAGUGCGGUUUCCCGGAGUUGAUGCCGAGACUGUUGAGCGAUUGUGCGAUGACGCCGGCGUUCAGCGUGGUGUUGUGGGCCAGGAUGCCGAGUUCGACGCCGACGUUGGUGCGCCGAUGGCCCUUCACUUCCCUUAUGCCCCCGGUGACGAUGUGAAGACCAUCACCUCGCCUGGCGGCUCAGUUCGAUCCCUUUCCGGCAUCGACGUUGACUUGGAAGAGGCAUUCAUGGACGAGAUGGAAGAACACUCAUGGACGUCGGACCCUGAGGGGUAUGAGAGCAUGAUGCCCACUCCAAAGACGAGCGAGCAGUGCUCUGACGAGUAUGAGGGUUUAGAGGGCAUUUAUAGGUUCCUCGAGGAGUGCGACCGCAACAAGGGACGGUUUUAA